CAACAUUGGCCAUCUUACCACUAGGUACCAUCACAAGCCAGGCACUCAGAGGUGUAUUGAAGACAGUGUGUGUGUGUGUACGUUUAAUAUAUAUUGUCCCCUUCAAGCAACAGAACUUCAUUAUGGAUAACUCAUCGUGGACAGCUCCUCCGGGGGCUGCCCAGCCCAUGGGGAUACAGUCAACAGCAGGGGCAGUGCCCAUAAUGAAUGAUAAAGGUGAGGUGUCAAUGAAGAAGGUUAAAGUGCAGCGCUACGUGAGUGGUAAAAGACCAGACUACGCUCCUGCUUCUUCAGAUGAAGAGGAGGAGGAAGAUGAAGAUUUCACCCGGCCACGAGGGGCUGCCCCUCCAUCCCCUCCUCAGCACAAGUCGCUCACAGAAGCCGAGAUGGCUGACCCCAGGCUACGACGUCUUCUGGCCACUCAACAAGAGGAAGAAGAAGAAGAAGAAGAAGCCAGUGAUGAAGAAAUGGAAACAGAUGCUCCUCAUAGGCGAAUAAUACAUCAGGCAGAAGUUGUAGAAGUAAGUGAGGAAGAAAAAGAAGAAGAGGCAGAAAAAGACGAAAUGGAGGAGGAUGAAGAAGAGCAAGAGGAGGAAGAUGCAGAAGCUCAAUCUAUGAGACCAGAAAUGAGAACCAGCCAUCGUCUGGCUGAGUCUGACAGUGAAUCAGAAGGUGAGGUGGACGAAGAUGAGUUAGCAUUGCGUCGUCUCAAUCUCCGUCAACGAGCACUACAAAAGAUUCAUCAAGAGGAAGAGUUAUUGGGUAAAGAGGAGGAAGGCAGUGAAGAAUCAUCAGAGGAGGAAAGUUCAGAAUACUCUGAGGAGACAGACUCCGAGGAAGAAGGUCCAAGAUUAAAACCUGUAUUUGUGCGAAAAAAAGAUCGUGUCACCAUACACCAAAAAGAACAGCAGCAAGUAAAGAUAAAACAGCAAGAAACCGAGAAUCGAAAGCGGAUAGAGGAACGUCGCCGUGAAACACUGCGUAUGAUAGAGCAGGAACAUCGGCAAGCAGCUAAUUUGCGUAAUGCUGUGGAUAGUAAUGACCCCAUGAAUGCCAUUAAUACUGAUGACGAAGCUGACGAUGCAGAGUAUGAAGCCUGGAAGUUACGUGAACUGAGAAGACUGAAGAGAGACAAGGAGGAACGUGAUGCAGCAGAAAAGGAACAUGAAGAAGUUGACAAGCUAAGGACCAUGGGAGAAGAAGAGAGAAGAAUUGAACUCAGAAAUAAUCCAAAGAUAAUCACCAACAAAGCCCAGAAAGGAAAGUACAAGUUCCUUCAGAAGUACUACCAUAGAGGAGCCUUCUUCUUGGACCAGGAGGAGGACGUAUUCAAGAGGGACUUCUCUGGUGCUACACUGGAGGACCACUUUGAUAAGACAAUUUUACCUAAGGUGAUGCAGGUGAAGAACUUUGGACGAUCUGGUCGCACCAAAUACACACAUCUGGUUGAUCAAGACACUACCUCCUUUGACUCCCCAUGGGCUUCAGACUCUCAGAUGAACCACAAGUUCUUUAAUGCAAAUGCAGGAGGCAUGAAGCAAGUAUAUGAUCGACCUGCACUGAAGAAACGAGUGGCGGCUGCAGCAACCAACAACGCCAAUCCAAGGAAAUAAGGUGGUUCAACAAUGGCAUCAAAACUUGUAUAUUUUUAUUCCAGUGCUGCCAAUAAAUUUUAUGAGAGAAAA